CUAUCACCGACCUCUGUCUAAUUAUUUUUAUUCUUCAGAACCUUUUUUUCUUCUCUUUGGCUGAGCAUUCGCCAAGGAAUAGCCGCUAUCAACACGUCAAAAAGUUUCUAUUACGCAAGUCCACAUAACAAACCUUCUUGGCAUCUCGUCAGGCCCUAAACAACGCAAUGGACUUCUAUAGGGAACGAAUAGCACUACGUUUUCCGAAGCCUUCAUUUGGUCCAUUUAAAUAUAUCCAGCCAUGGGACAACAGAGGCUAUCUUGAGGUUGAUGGCAUCGCGCGUUGCGACUCUGACCGUCUACUCUACCUGCUAACUUACGUUCAACCACCCCCUCUUCUCACCAAGAAAGGCAAACCAAGAGUCCAUCAGCCGCCGCCACAUAAUGAUGAAACGGAGAGGUUUUAUAGCGCACAAUGCAUUCACUAUGGCCUUCUAUCGAAGUCUGAUAAGGCCGCUGCAAAGAAGGCAUUGCUUGCUUUUGCGAAAGCUAACGACGACAAGUUCAUUAUACCAUCAGCAGUUAUAGAGGUUGAAGCAAAGCUCGCAGAUGAAUUCAAAAUCAAGAAAGCUGAAUAUGACGCAAAGAUAGCCGAUAUUGAUGCUCGAGAAAAGAAGGCCAAUGAGGAAGCGGACCGGAAGCGCAAGAGAGAUGAAGACGAGAUCCUCAACACCAUUACCAAAAAGCCCAAGAAAUCCGAACUGCUUAAGUUCCCAACAAAGCUUAUUGGGGGUGCAGCAUUCACAGUUAUUGCUCCUGAAAUCUCUAAAGGCUGGAGUGUACCAAACACCUUGCGGAUUCGCCUUUGUCAAUCUCAAAGCGGGCGUCACAUUUGGGGUGACUUUGAUUUCGGUAUAUUUACUGGCAAAUUACGAUCUGAAACACUACCACAACCACCGACUGGUAAGAUCAAAUUCCAUUGGCGCGGUCGACAAACGGGCGACGGCGAGUCCAGUUACAACUCAGAGAACGAGAUGGAGCUCCAGUUUCUUGACGAGGGUACCUUUCGAGGCAACAUGUACUGGGACUGCCUCGGGACAUUCGAGAUUGCUGGAAAAAUUGACUGGGAGCGAACACGUAACCGUGUCUUUGCGAUGAACAUUCGUAAAUGGAAGGAUGGAUAUCGUAUGCUCAAUGAAAACAACUACGACAUGGAGGCCAGUGCCAGGUGGUCUUCAGGCUGGGGUGGAGAUGCGGAGCCGGAUCUGGCUGCCGCUUCAGAUACAACUGAUAACGACGAAUCGGACCAUGAAGAUGACGAAGGAUCUGAAGAUAGCCGAGCGGUCAGGUGUGCUUUCUAGACGAGAGACUUGUCGGACUUUCUCCUGUCACAGAAUAUCCGUGUUUCUUGGCGUUUCCUCACGGCUUCAUUCCGUAUUCGAUUCUAUACCCCUAUUCUUUCCCUUUUUAGGGAAUAGAUCACCAUUGUAAACCAUAUAUAAUAGCUGCAGGAACAGCCUGUUUUCGUAGGAUCCGGCUCUGCAGGAUCAAGUUCAAUCGAUCUACGCUCUUUUGGGAUCU